AUGGCGGGGAUUACUGCUUCAGUGACAGCCAUGGAGCGGGCAACGGCGAGGGCUAUCCCCGUCAGUCCCAUCACUUCAGCUCCCAUUCUCACUCAUCAGCGCGGCUUAAUCAAAAGGACUGGUGCCGACACAGUCGAGGACAACACUUGUGGAUGGGUCAAUGGUGAUCUCAAACUGCAUGCGGUCGGCUGUUGUGCGGACGCUGCAACGACGGAUUGCGCCUGGGUAACCUCCUGUGUGCCAUAUUCCAUGGUGAAUAACGGCUGCGACAUGGCUUGCCAAGGGAACUAUCUCAAUACUGUUUGGUUCGUCCCAUGUCUUCAUGCUUCGGCAGCUACCUUGAGCCAUUCUGUGAAUUCUCCACAGCGAUCAGUGCUUGACUGGAUUUGUGGACGUAGUGAUGAAGCCUAUCCUCUUUGCGCGACGGCGACGUUUGGCGGUCCAGCGGGAUACACCUACCUCAGUUGCACAGAUGCCAUCGGUACAACGGACACGAUGAUGCUCACAUACUAUGGCGGCAAUGCAACAGUCGAUAACUUACCCAGGUAUUUCUCGAGCUAUUGGUACGAGAGUACCGCCACCUCUUCCACGACGUCGACGUCUACUUCGUCUCCCACCGACGACACAGGCAUCAACGACACGAUAUCUUGGCUCUCCGGCCACAAGACCAUCCUCAUCGGAGCCAUUGCCGGCUUCUGCGGGUUACUCAUUCUCCUCGUGGUGGGUGGUUGCUGCGUGGUACGGAACAAAAGGUCCAGGCGAGGACGGUAUAUUCCGGCUAGUCAGCAGAUGCCACCGCACGAGGCUUACGGGAUGCACUAUCAAGGCGCGGCGGCGUAUCAGCGGCCUCCAUCGUACCAGUCUGGGUAUGGAUACCAACAAGAUUUCGGUCAGGUGUACGUGGCUCCGAAUAAAUGA